AUUUUAUUUAUGAUGCUUAAAAUUAAGUAUUCGUACAUCUCAACUCAAGUACUUCGAUAAUAGAAUGUUGUUAGAUUCGAUGCUGAAAUCAAAUAAUCACAUAUAUUAGGAGAACAGUUUGGAUAAUAAGUGUUUGCUAAAUUGAAUUAAGAUCAUAAGCAUAACAUACUAAAUCCAACAAUGUUAGAUCAAAUUCAUAGAUUUUUAGAAAGUUAUGAUUUAGAUGAGACAGUGAGUAUUAUUUGGUUAGAUUGCUAAUCUAAAGGAACAGAUUUGAAAUGUAUGCGAUUUUGAUAUGAUUUAGAUUUGUAACACUUAUCUUAAAAAGAAAGGAUAGAAUAUAUUAGAUAAAUAUAAAAUAUGGCAGUCUUUUUUGGAAAAUACAAUAAAAUAUUAAUGCCUUUAAUAACAGGAGAAGCUAGUGGAUCAAUGGCAGCAUUAGCAUGUUCAACUCCAUUUUAAUUCUUUGAUUAAAAAGGAGGAAUAAGAUUUAAUGAUGUUAAUAGAGGUUUUGUACCUCAUGCAGGGUAAGGAUAUAUGUAAAUAAAUUAGUGCUACAUAUCAUUUAUCAAGAUUACCAGAUUAAUUAGGUCUAUUUUAUGCAUUGACUGGUAGAUGGUUAAAGAAUGAAGAAGCAUUGAAUACAGAAUUAAUUUAUGGAAAUUUAAGAGAUAAAAAUAAAGCUAUCGAUUUUAUUAAUUAGACAAUAUAAUAAUACACAAAACAUACUACUUUGAAAACAUACCCAAAAUAAGUUAAAAAUUAACUUAUCACUUUCAAAUAUGGUUAAAAGUAAUUCUUGAGGAAAUUAAGUUAAGAAACAAGAGUGAGAAUGAUAAAUGAAGAUGCAUAAUUAGUAGCAUAAGAAAUGUUAUAUAAAUUAAAAAGGUUUUAAGAAGAAAAUCUUAUAAAGAAAAAUGAAAGACGAAAAUAAACAAUUGCUAAUCCAUAUUUUUAAUUUAAAGCAUUGAAUAUUGAAAAUUUAGAAGAAAUGGGAAUAAUAUCAAGAGAAAAUUUAGUUAAAUUAAAUAAGGCAUUAAUUGCUCGAUGUUUUAGUGGGGAUAGUGUUUAAGAAAUUAUGGAGAGAUUAAAAUCAGAAAAAAAUGAAUUUGCUAAAGAAAUAUUAUAGGAAUUAGAAGCUUAACCAAGAUUAUCACUUGAACUUACUUUUAAAUUAUUGAGAUAAGCAUAGAAAUAAUAAUGGAGAGAUUGUCUUUUGUCUGAAUUUAAUGUAGCUUCAAAUUUGGCUAAUAGUGGAUUAAUGGAGAAAUAAGAGAAAGUUGAAAAUAUUGAUUCAUUUUUCAAUCAUAUAUCUCCUUCAAUUGAUUAUUUACCAAAUGCACUUGAACCUGUUAAAGAUUUUUAUGUUGAAUAUCCAGAGAAUAUUAGACUAUUUUUAAAUGAACAAAAUCUUAGAAAAGGAUUAAUUGAUAGAGCUAAUUAAGAAAUUGAUGUAGCUUCAUUUAUGAAAAAUAAUUAACAUAUGUUAGAUGGAUCUAUUAGAGUUUCAGAUUUAAGAAAAAUGAGAGCAGAAAUUGCUGAUUUAAAAAGAGAUGUCAAAAUGAAAAUUGAUAGUUUAAAAAGUAUAGUAGGAUAUGAAGAAAAUCUUUUGAAAUUUUUAGAAGAAAGAUAAACAUAUUUAAAUAAUAUUAAAGAUUUUGGAACUCUUUUAGAUGAAUCUAUGAAAAUCUUUUUUGAAAAAGCAAAUUAAGCUAAAUUUAAUGGUUAUGCUAAUGUUGCUAGAAUUGCAUCUGUUAAACCAAAAAGAGAAUUAUUUUCAUUAGUAAGAAACUCUAUUUUGAAUCAUAAAUUAACAGAAGAAUUUGAUGAAAUAGAGGCUAUUAAAAAAUAAUAAGCAUGGAAUAAAUCAAUGUAAAGAUUACUCAUUUUCCCUAAAGAUGAUAGAAAAUCUUUAUAUGAAAAUGAAUUACCAGAAAAAGUAUCAUAAAUAGUUGAUAGAGAAAUAAAUGAAUAAAUUAUUAGAGCUAAAAUUACAAGAUCUAAAUUAUAUGAAACUAGAUAUGGAGAUCUCUAUUAAGAAUUUAGUUAGUAAAUUGAUAAGUUCUAUAAAAAUGUUAUUUAAAAUGUCACAUAAUAAAAUUAAUUUAGUAAUAUAUAGGAAUACUUAGAAGGAAAGGAAGUUAAAGAAAUUUUAGAUCAAUUAAAAGAAAAUAAAGAUGAAAUUAAUAUUAAUUUAUAAAAAGAAACAAUAUAGUAGGUUAAUAAAGAGGAACUUUUAGAUUAAUUUAAAUAAGAAAUUGAUAAGCUUAAAUAAAAGGAAGAGAUACCAACUAAUUUAGAAGGAUUAAUUUCACAUAAUGAAAAUUUAAAGAUAAUUAUGACAGAUUUUUAUAGAUGUCCAGAUGAAUUUAGACCAAUAUAAAAUAUAUUCGAAUAAAUAUUGAUUUAAAUUUAUAGAAUGAGAGCUAAAAAAUUAAAUAAUUUAAAUGAAUUAGCAGUUAUUGAUGAUUAAAUAAAUGAAGCUUUGACGUUUGAUUCUUUUAAAGUAAUUGAAAGCAAUUUAAUGUUUUCUUUUUCUUAUAUUUUAUUAUGUAAGUUAGAAGAGAUUUAUUGUUUAUUCAAAUAGGGAGGAAAUUAUGAUGUUUAAUCAUUAAAAUUUUAAUAAGAAUUUGGAUUUUAAUUAUAGAAUUUUAAAUAAUUUGAAAGGUUAUUGGAUUAUUUAAAUGAUAAAUUAAGAGCAGCAGCAACAUUAUACAACAUAUAUAGAUAAAAGACUUUGGUUGAAUCAGAUAAAUUAUUGGAUUACAUUUUAACACUCUAAUCAACUAGAUGGCCAAGUUUUAAAUCAAAAGCAAUAUAUACAAAUCGUUUAAGUUUAUAAAUAAAAAAAAACUAUGAAAAUUAACUUGCUGGAUUAGAGGAGAAAACAGUUAGUUAAACUACUCCUGAUGAUGUUUAUGGGGCCUUAGAAACUAAAUAAAAUUAAAUGAGUACUUAUUAUAGAGAAAAUAUUCCAAAAUUCAGAAGAGGUUAAGUUAUGAGAAGAGUUUAUUUUAGAGAUGAUUUACUUUUAGCAACUAAAAAAGAAAUUGAGAUUUAUGGUAAAAUAUAAAGAUUAAAAGCACAGAAAUAAAAGAAAUUAAUCAUAGGUCUUAAUCAUUAACUUAAAUAAUUGGAUUUAAUUGCAGAAAGAUAAGUUGAUAUUACACCAGAAGAACUUUAAUAAGAAAAAGAAGAUUUAGAAAAAGUGCUAAGAAAGAAAUGGAUUAGCUAUUAACCUAUUGAAUAAUGGUUUUAAGAAUUAGUCUAAGAAACUUUAAAUGAAAUUUACAAUCCAGAUUUAAUAUUAUCUGAAAAUGAAUUUAAGGAAUAUUUAUAAAUGAGUUUCAAUGCAUAAAAAAAAUUAUUAGAAUCUUUAAGAGCAGAACUUAUUUUAGGAGUUCAGAAUGAGAGAGAUGAUGUAAUAUAAGAAUUAAAGUAAUCAUUAUAAUUAAUUAUAUAGAUUCAACCCAGAAUUACCAGAAAUAUAAAAUUUAGCAUAGUAAUUAACUGUUGCAGAAUCUUUACAUCUCGAAGGAAAAGUUGAAGAGAUCGAACCAAUUGAAACUUUAUUUGUUGGUAAGAAAGGAACAAUAAUGAAGAUGGGAGGAAAACUACCAACUAAAUUGAAUGAGACUUAAUAUAGAGAAUUAAGAACAAAAAUGAUUGGAAGGGUUGAAUAUUUAGUUGGAGAUUGGGCUUAAUAACCAAAAUUAAUAGAUCAAAAUGAUAUUGAAUUAUUAUAUGAUAAGAUUUAAUAGAUUUAAGAAAAGAAUAGAAAUAAAAAAUGAUGAUUAAUUUAUAAAUUAUAUAAGAG